CGCCGCCUUCAGUUUAUGUUAUCUCACACAAUUAUGUAGCCUGUGCAGUAAAGGACACUGGACCGUUAAAUAGCCAUGUGUUAUUUCAGAGCUCCACCAGCUUACACCUAAUGGCCUCCUUUGGUUGGAAACGUAAGGUGGGGGAAAAAGUUUCCAAGACGACAGUGCAGCAGUUUGAGAAGGACUCGGAGCAGGCGGAUGAUGAGGAUGUGGAGAAGGAGGGAGUUGAUUGGCUGCAUGUCAUCAAACGGCGGCGUGAGGUGCUGCUGGAGGAUUGUGCUGCUAAGAGCAAGAGGCUAAAGGAUGAAGGGAUGCUGCUUGCUGAGCAGGGCAGGAACUGGGAGGCAUUGAAGAGGUGGGAUGAGGCGAUUCAGCUCACACCAGACGAUCCUGUGCUGUAUGAGAUGAAGUCACAGGUGUUGAUCACCCUUCAAGAAGUGUUCCUGGCUGUGCAGUCUGCAGAGAUGGCCACCAGACUCCGCCCCCUCUGGUGGGAGGCGUGGCAAACUCUGGGCCGCGCCCAACUAAGCCUUGGCGAAGUAGAACUUGCUGUACGGUCCUUCCAAGUGGCAUUGCACAUGCAUCCGUCUGAGCGCCCCCUCUGGGAGGAAGACCUAGGCUGGGCCCUAAAGCUCCGGGAGCAGCAGAAAUCUCUCCGUGAAAGAGAGAAACAGGAAGAGGAAGCCCGAAGGCUCCUCGUGGAAGCUCCUGAGCUGAAGAGUGAUUAUGAUUUUGAAAGCGAUGAAGUGAUUGAGGCUUGCACUGCCAUGGCUGAAAGACAGAAACAAUAUGAGGAACUAAAGAAAACAGCGCUUGUUGUGGACACACACGGGGUCACCAAAGAGGUGAUUGUCGAAGAUGACAGCGAACCCACUUCAUCCUCUCAGAGUGUUUUAGUCAAGGCACGGGGACUCUGAAUGAAAUAGAGGCUAGUUUUGUGUCUCCCCAUGUGUAUAUUGUUUAGAUUAUGUACGUAUUGUUAAGUUUAUUUGAUAAUCCAGGAUUUUGAUUGACUUCCUCAUAGUGUUUAACAAAGUUACUAUUCCCAGUGAAUUUGUAAAGUGAGAUUCAGAUUCCAAGAAGAAUUUGAAGAAUGCUUCUGGAUCAUUUUCACUCAAACAAGAGCAUAAAUUCCUUCCUUCUA